UGAGAAGGAGUUUGGCAAGUGAACUAUCAAAGUCAAUGAGUUAGUCGGGCAGUUUCGACCUUAAUACAAAGCUUUGUAUCUCAUCCAAACUCAGAGCAUCCCCAACCAUUAGAGGUAUCAUCACCAACUGAAUUUCUAACUUCUACGAUCGAUAGUCUCUGGGCGCAUCAAUCGGCCAAUCACGAUCUGUUCAAGCACGUCCCCCAGCCUACCACUGCCUGGGCCAAAGCUCCCCCCGGUCGCCCCAGCCCACUCCUAUGCUGAAGGCAAAUUUAUGAACUUCAGGUCCUCUCUCCAAGGCCGGCUACUCUGCUACAGUCAUGGCUUUUAGCUUUGGCAAUUCAGGAAACGCCAUGCUCGGGAGUACGGCAGGAGCAGGAGGACUGACUACAGGCCCUGAUCUGGAAACAAUUCAGACAGAGGACCUCGGUUUUCUCUCUAUCGCUGGCGACGCCAAGGUUCGCCUUACGUCCGCGUGGUCAUCUCUUCCAUCUUCUACCGCGUCGCUUCUCAGCGUCGCUUCGCGCAAAGGUCUUGUCGCUGCUGCUGGACCCGACCAAGUCGUCAUCGCCACAACCGAAUCGGUGCGAAAAGCUUUCGAAAAACCUAAAGAUGGCGACUCAGAUAUUCGCGGGUUCGAGCCUCAGCUCAAGAUCCCCAUGCCGAUGCGAGUUUCGCAACUAUCAUUUACUGCAGAUGAAAACUAUCUGAUCCUUUCAGCAGAAUCUGGCGGCGGCUUGGCUGUCUAUGAAGUUCAGAGUCUGUUAUCGGGAUCAACAAACUCGGCUUUCGAGCUAUCGACGAACGGUGAAACGCUAAGAGCCAUGAUCCCGAAUCCUACACCAGAGAAGGCAGAGCUUUGCGCUAUCGUAAUGAACAACGGUAACUUGCACAUGGCAAACCUGAAAGAACGACAAAUUAGCAGCGUUCUCAAAAACCAAGUUAGCUGUGUUAGCUGGAGCUCCAAGGGCAAGCAGCUAUGCGCUGGUCUGGGUGAUGGCACAAUUUUUCAGAUGACUCCAGAAGGCGAAGGGAAAGGAGAGAUCCCUAAGCCGCCCAACAUGGGUGACUUUCAUGUAUCAUCUCUUACCUGGCUCGAGAAUCACCUGUUCUUGUCCAUCCAUACUUCAAAUAAUGAAUCACCACCGACCUCUAUCUACCAUAUCAUUACGCGCCAACCACCAUCAUCCUUCAGCUUUCAGAAGCUUACCGACCCUGUCGAGCCUUUUGGAUCAGACAAGACACCACAUCACUCGAUUCUGCGACUCCGAGACUUUCCACCAGCUCUCCAAGAUAUGCUCAUUGUCGCAUCUACCGCAGCCUCGGAAAUGGGUGUCUUAAGCCGUUCCAAGACACCUUUGGCUACAGACAAGCCUGCAGAUGCUAUCACUGGGGUAUUCACGACGACAGAGUUCUUGGACGAUACCAAGAGACCAACAUUACCAAUGACUGACUCCAUGGAUGAUUCCACUCCGAUCGGUGUAGCUCUCGAUCUUUCCGGCAAGGACAAGGUAUACAAGCCUAUUCCAUCGGACGUUGAACUAGAAGAAUCGCCAAGUCCACUACCUGGGUUUUGGGCACUCACACAUGAGGGUGUUCUAUGCGCUUGGUGGGUAGUCUAUAACGACUCUAUCAGACAGGGUACCUCUUAUCCUCACUUGGCUGCGGUUGAGGCCACUUCAGCGCCAGCACCAGCUCCAACAACCCAAGCCGCUCCUGCAGCUUCGGCAUCACCUUUCUCCAAUCCUACCCCAUCCGCGUUUGGCUCAGCUUCGCAGCUUGGACAAAAGUCAUCUCCAUGGGGUGGUGCCAACACCGGUUCUGCUGCCCCUAGCACAGGGGGCGCCGUGUUUGGUUCAAGUGGCUUCAGCAAUACUGCAGCCACCUCUGCUCCGGCAUUCGGCAAGCCCAGCUCUAUCGGCUUUGGGCAAUCGUCCCAGCUUGGUGCGAAGAGCUCUCCUUGGGCAUCAGCAUCAGGUGGAGCUGCUGCUGCAACUCCUGCUUUUGGUCAGUCAGGAUUUUCGAGUUUCGCAAACAACAGCAAUACAAGUCCCUUCGGCAAGGCGGCGUCCAGUUCUACAUCGGGUGCUCCUGCAUCAGGGGGCUUUGCUGGCUUUGCCAGUAAGAGUGGCUUUGCUUCUGUGAAUAACAAUAAUAGUGGUAGCGUAUUUGGCAGCGGUAGUCAACCCGCUGGUAGUCCUUUCGGAUCCACCUCAAAUACCGAGACAGCUUUCCCGGCCAAAUCUGAACAAUCUUCUGGCAGUCCUUUCGGAUCUACCCCUUUCAAGCUCCAAAGUUCCUUCAAGCCUGAUGGAUCUGCCAAGGAUGACGCAGCUAAACCCAGCGGUUCUCUGUUCGGUAGCAACUUUGGAUCAGCCCUCACCGAUGCGACUAACAAACCCGAAAUUACGACGCCAACACCCAGGGAUGAGGAAAUGGACACCGCUGGAGCAACGGAGGAGACACCCCAAGCAAAAACCAAGGACUCACUAUUCCCUGUACAACAAAGCCCUGAGUCUACAACACCAACUACAACUCCUGCGCCAUCUAAGUUUGGUUUUGCAACAUCGCCUGCCCCCCAGACAUCAACCUUUGGACAACCAUCGAAGUUUGGCUCUACUGGUAGUGGGCUUUUUGGAAACAAGUCGGAGACACCGAAACCCAGCGGCGGUCUUUUUGGAUCUGCCUCGAGUACCCCUAAGCCAAGCGGGGGGCUGUUCAGUUCAACCUCUGCGACACCCAAGGCUGGUGGAACCCUUUUCGGAUCGCAGCAGAACACGCCAAAGGCCAGUAUCUUCGGAGGACAACAGAAGCCAAGCGGUUACACAGGAAUCUUUGGACAGAAGUCGGAGCCAUCUAAGGCUAAGAGCCCUGAGGCCGAGAACCCUAAAAUCAAGGUCGAAGAAGAUGACGCCCCGCUGCCUCCGGAUACGGUCAGCAAGACCAGCCUCGCUGUUGGUGAAUCAUCUUCCUCAUCAGCGGCAUCCAAGACUGAAGCCGCUCCUCUGCCGCCAGACUUCAUUCCCAAACCUAAAUCUUCCUCGUCUGCUGUCAAGGCAGCUGAGGCCUCUGAUACUCCAUUACCGCCAGACUUUGUUAACGUACCCAAACCUACAGACAAGGAGACGGCUGUCUAUGAUGCCCCUUUGCCACCUGAACCAACCAUUCCUACAAAACCAAGAUCUGUUUUUGACAAACCAGAUGGUACUCCGAAGGCACCCUCGAGCCUUUUCCCCGCCGUCGCCGGACCGCCUUCAGAUGAUAGUGAUGAUCUGGAUGACGAAGACGAGGACGACGAGGAAGACGAUGAGGGAGGGGAAGGAGAGGAAGAGGAUGAUGGGUCUGAGGGCAGUGGCGUCGACGUUGCCAAGGAUCUGAGCCCUACAGUCAGCAACCUCACUCCAGGGUAUACUCCUCAAAGCUCAUUUGGUGGACCCGGCGGGCGUGCUCUCGGAAGCCCCCAAACAAACCAAGAAGGCUCACGACCUUUGUUUGGAGAACUUAGUCGCAAUGCCCCGGUAUUCCCACGACCUAACGCAACCAGCCCCCGCUCCCCAAGCCCGGUUCGAGGUGCAGUGCCGAACAGGGUCCUCAGGUCAGAGAACAUGAGAUCUGUGAGUGCCCCAGGAAUCGCUUCGCACCUCCUCGGACAUAGGCAGUCUCAGAUGGGUGCUUCGAUAACCAGCAGAGACGCUGGCUCGUCAGAAGACCCAUUUGUGGCCCAGCAUCGUAAAUUCAAGGCCAAGCAGGAGGCUGCUGAAACCCAGCCAUUGGUUGAUGAAGAUGAUGACGAGGUUCAGAAGCUUCUGGCAUCAGAAGUGGAAGGAAGCCUGACCCUGGAUGAGUUCAUUGCCCAUUCAAACGUCGCUCCGCCUGCUAAGGAAAGCAUCCCAAGCCAAGUUGAAGCAGUCUACCGUGAUAUCAACUCCAUGAUUGAUACACUUGGUCUCAAUGCGCGAACUGUCAAGUCAUUCAUCAAGGGCCACACAGAGAAUUGCAAGCAAGGCGGACGUAGUAAAGAGGAUCUUGACGACCCCGAAGAUUGGGUUCUUUGCGAGAUUGAUGAGUUGGGGAACAUCUUGGACAAUGAUUUGUACAAUGAUCUUGAGGACGGGCGGGUUCGUGACUUGGACGCUAAACUCGAUGCCUGUCACGAACUCACCAGAGAUAUGCACCGCCUUCGAGCUAAGCAGGAGGACUUGAAACAAAUCCUCAUGAUCAGAACCGACCCUGACCAGGCCGAAGUAACACGAUCUAUGCCUCUGAGUGCAGAGCAAGCAACACAACAGAACGAACUGCGACGCGAGUUCGCCAAGUUCUCGAAGCUCUUGGCUGAUGCAGAAGAAGCGUUAACGCUGCUCAAGACAAAAAUUGCGUCCGCCUCUGGCGCUUCAGGCAAGGGCAAGGCAACCAUUCCUACGGUUGAGGCGGUCAUACGUACCAUUGGAAAGAUGACGGCGAUGGUUGAGAAGCGCAGCGGAGAUAUUGACGUUCUCGAAAACCAGCUGCGCAAGGUCAACCUCAACUCCACAAGCCGAGAAGGGUCUCCUAUGGCGACACCACAGGGAAGGAGGAGCAUCAUGUUCUCCCCCGAAGGAACUCCCGUUAGAAAUCUGCGCCAUAGUUUUGCGGGCAGCAUGUCUCUGGGUGCAUCUGUGCGAGCUACUCCCCCACGCAAGAAACUUAGUGGCUUCAGUCGAGAGGAGAAGGGCGAUUUAAUGGAAAAGAGAACGCGUCGGCAAGCCGUACUGGGCAAGCUGAAGAGCAGCGUCGAGAAGAGAGGUGUCAGUGUUUGGAAUAUGGAGGAUAUCGAGUAAUCAAGGACAACGACGGGAUGGAUAUUAUCACGGCGAAACAAGACAGAACAUGGGGGUGAAUAGGGCAUGAAGCAACCAAGCAACUGUAUCUUAGAUUUU